GUUGGCUUUUUGAUUUUAUUCCUAUCGCAUGAUCAUUUUCGGAAACUAUCUUCGUGCGGGUUGUUUUAAUUUUCUUUCUAAACGUUUGCUGAGUAUAAGCCAGUUAAAAGAAAGAAGUCUGGUAUGCGUUCAUGGUACAUCAGCUGACGAAUUUCUGCAAGGUCUCAUAACUACUGAUAUCAAAUCUAUAAGUCGACCUAAUUCCUUCAUGUACUCACUAUUCCUCAAUUCGAAGGGUAGAGUGCUAACUGAUGCAUUUAUCUAUCACACUAACCGUUUAUCGGCUAACCGAUCUGAUUACCUGGUUGAAGUUGAUGUCAAUUACGUACCCGAUUUGGUUAAACAUUUAACUCAAUAUAAUUUACGUGGAAAGGUAUGUUUGCUUGUGUUGUUAGUGUGCUACGUUCUGUUUAUUACUUUGGUGUGGCAUAAAAAUGCUUUUGCUCGGAUUUUUCGAUCACAUUAUUUUAUGGACGUAUUUGUGUUUUAUUCUUAUUAUACUUCAUAAUUUAGGAGUGUUACUUUUACCCAUAGCUCAUAUCGAAUUUUGAUUCGUGACUACGACUCUAACUAAUUCGUCGAUAUAUAACAAUAUUUUGAUUGGUUAGUGGUCAACACAUUCGACUUUCGGUCAGGAUUACAGGUUCGAACCUGGCUGACUAGAUCUCAGUUUGGGCAAUCACCGUUCAAGCCUAAAGUAUGACUAGUGCUUAAGUACCGAGUUAGUGAGUUAAAAACCUCUUUUACUUUAUGUGCGUG